CAAAAAUUUUCACAAAACGAAAAACCAGUGGAAAGAAGAGUGUGAGAAACUACAGAUUUUUCGUAUGAAAUACCUGUUUUAAUUCGCUAAAUUUCAUACCAAAAUUAUAGGGUCGAAAAAUUCAAUAAGCUUGUAUUAAUUAAUAUAAUAAAAUUUUAAUAGCGGUGACACAAAAUUGAUUAACACGCCCAUCAGAGGAAGAGGAGCACUUCACUUGAUCUUUCUUUUUCUUAAAAGGGAAGAGUCAGAGGAAACAUGAAGAUGGCGGACAGCACGACGAUUCUGCGAAGAAACAGACCAGGAACAAAAGCGAAGGAUUUCUGUCGCUGGGCCGAUGAGCCUCUGGAAGAAAUGGACAGCACCUUGGCUGUACAACAAUACAUUCAACAACUGAUCAAACGUGAUCCAUCUAAUGUGGAAUUGAUUCUAACAAUGCCAGAAGCUCAAGACGAAGGCGUCUGGAAAUAUGAACAUCUAAGACAAUUUUGUAUGGAGCUAAAUGGGCUUGCUGUGCGUCUACAAAAGCAAUGUUCGCCUACAACAUGCACACAAAUGACAGCCACCGAUCAGUGGAUAUUCCUGUGUGCUGCACACAAAACCCCAAAAGAAUGCCCCGCCAUUGAUUAUACACGCCACACGCUGGAUGGUGCUGCAUGUCUCUUGAAUAGCAAUAAAUACUUUCCAAGCAGGGUUUCAAUCAAGGAGUCAUCAGUAACUAAGCUGGGUUCGGUGUGCCGUCGUGUUUACCGAAUAUUUUCCCAUGCGUAUUUUCAUCACCGGCGAAUAUUCGACGAAUUUGAGGCUGAAACGUAUUUAUGUCAUCGCUUUACGCAUUUCGUUACAAAAUACAAUCUUAUGUCUAAGGAGAAUCUCAUUGUACCAAUCAAUGAAGAAGAAAACGCAACGCCUGGCGAGAGUGAAGCUUAGAGCUUACAAAUUCAAAGUGUGGCAAAUUGUGUGAGAAUGUGAAUGUGGCAUACAAAAGAAGCAUCCAAAAACACAGAUUGAAGAGGCAAAGCAGCACAUUAUAGAAAAACACACAUAACAGCAACAACAAAACAAUAAUAACUAGGAAAAAUCAUGAAUAGAAAGCAAGUCAUUAAAACAUUAUAAUCACUAAAACCUAUAAAGAAAACAAAAAAUAAGAUACGAAAUUAUUGAUUGAGGAGAAAAUCGAAGAAAUAAUGUAUUAAAAGCAAGAAAAAAACUCAACUAGAAAGUAGUUCUUUUUGCGAAGCAUAUUUGGUAUGGAAAGCAAACAAACAAAGAAAUUCACGCAAAAUCAAGUAGAAUGUGGAAGGACGGCGUUGUGGGCAGUCCUAAUUGUAGGACAAAUGCAAAUCAUAUUUAUGUUAUAUAGUCCAUAUAUAUAUAGUUUGACAAGCGUUCAAUACAUUUUCGAAUUGUCAUGCGUGCGAGCAGAUAUUUUAAAUUGAAAAUAUAGAGAGCAAAUGUCUAAAUACAUACCCAAAAUGCAUAAAUAAUGGAAUACUAAGGGAAAGUGGAAUAAAAUCAGAUUAACAAAGAAUUAGCAAAGCCCCUAAAACUGCUAUAAACGGGCAGCUUAAUUAUAAAAGUAUGUAUGCUUCUGAUAAAAUUCCUUUAGCUCGACAGGCAACAGACGGUCAAUACAUACUCACAUCCACAUACACUCAUAUUAACUCGCUUAUAUCUAUCUAAUUGAGAUUGUUGUAGCAGACAAUUUACAUUGGAGCAGCAUUGGCAUUAUUAACUAGCAUAAACAUUAACAUUAAUUUUAGUGCUGAACUGAGUGCUGUUCAGUUUAGUGCACCCGGUAAAAGUAGCGCAUGUUUGUACUCAAAUAUAAUAUUUAUUUUUAAAAACUGUGUAAUGCACUGUGUAGAGAGAAAAAUGUCGAAUAUUUAAAAUCAACAAUACAAAAUACUAAAUUUAUUUAUUUUUUGUUUAUAUGUAUUAACGAAAAUACUGCGUUCGUUUUUUGAUUGAAGCAAUGUGACAUUGUCUUGAUGCUUAAUUGUGCUCAAUGAGGAAAGUAUUAAAAGUAAAAUGAUUUUUGAAUUUAUUUCGAAAAAAAUACGGGCAUAAAUAUAAAUUUUUUUGGGGUAAACAUAAAGAAAAUCAACUGCAUUCAACCUCAAGUUCUGAAACACCAAUAAAC